AUGCCCUAUGUGCCUGAAGGGAGCCAGCCCCAUGCCUACAGAGGGAGCUCGAGAAACUUUGCUGAAACUGUGGCUGUGGACCCCUAUGCUAAGCUUGUCGUGGAAGAAGUCAACGGCGCAGCAGGCGAAGUUUACCAGGUGCGACGUGCUGGACCGCGCCAGGACCAAAUGAUGAUUGCGGCGUCGUGCUGGUCCCAUACCCGCCAUCCUGAUUGGUGCUGCCCCCUGCCAGACUCUCCACCCGAGACAUUGUGCUGGACAGUUGAAAGCAUCCGGGAUCACUGCUGCAACAACGGCAUCUCCGCGGAUGGUGUGCUUCUGUACAAGGUAUUCCAUGAUCUUACCUCGUUCAUGGGUCCUCCCGAGUUGGAGUAUUUUCACAGUCUGUUCGGAGGUUAUCCGAUAGACGAGGACGCCCUGAAGUCCACACAACUCUAUUUCCGCGUCGGCAAACAUCGUCCCGGAGCCAUCUGCCACUCAGCAGAUUACCGGUCCGAUGGGUCAGAGGUCCUCUUGCCACUGGUCUCCCUACUUCUCGCUUCCAGGCAGCCCAUGUCGCGCACCUUUCUCAACAUCGGGGCCGGAACGUGUGAGUCGCCAGAUCCCUUGUAUCAACUUCUGGCAUCGGACGCAGGUCAAGGCUUCGUUGGCAUCGCCGUAGAGGCGAACCAGGCUCGCUUGAAGAAGUGCGUGAAAGUGAUGAACGCGACCCCGGGAAGGGUGCUGCCGGUAUCCCUGACCAUGGAUCCGAUCUCUGCUGCUGAGCAGCUGCGGCCUCAUUUGGAGAAGAUCUUUGGUCAGUCUCCGAAACCCUGGCCCCUGGAUGUGUUGGUCGUAGAUGUUGACGGCGUCGAUUGUCUCAUCAUUGAGGAGCUCAUGCGGGUGGUCAGGCCAAAGGUUAUCCAGCUGGAAAUUUUGGCCCAUAUUCCUCCGCCCUUUCGGUUCUCGCAGCAAUGGCACAUGGACCAUUCUCCGAUUUGGGACCAGGACUACGACAUGGAAACAUUCAUGCCUACGGCCGGGUGCUCCUUGAGCUACGCGCUGCACAAGUUUCGGCCAUUUGGGUAUCAUCUGCUUCAGCUUGCAAUGCAUGAUGCGGUUUUUGUGCACAAGUCUAUCGGGCGGGUCAUCGAGCGAGGUCUGCGAGUGAAGUUUCCACAGGAUGAGUUCCAGUGCUAUCGGAAUAGCACUCUUUGGCUACAGCGGCCAGCUAGCUUUGUGAGAGAAUGGUUCUUUUCGAGGCAUCCCUCAACAGUCCUGGCAGACAUUUGGUCUAACAUUUCAGAGUGGAAUCAGGAGAUCGGCCGUGGAAGCUCGCCGUUCACUUUGGAUUUCUAG